AUAUUUUAUUUUCCAAAAAAUAAAAGAUAAUUUUAUUACCAAAAAGUGGUCAAAUACCUAAAGAUCGAGUCUAUAGGGUAACCCUCCAAUCAUCUCCCAUUUGUUACUCCCUCUCUCUUUCCUCACUAUAUAAAUCCCUCUCUUUUUCUUUCCCUUUCUUCUCCCCACCAAUUUAUAUUAGAAACUAAAAAUACAAACAAACACCGUACAAACCGAUAACAAACAUAAAAUAUGGGACGCUCCCCUUGUUGUGAGAAAGCUCACACUAACAAAGGUGCUUGGACCAAAGAAGAAGAUCAACGUCUCAUCCAUUAUAUCCGUCUCCACGGCGAAGGCUGUUGGCGCUCUCUCCCCAAAGCCGCCGGUUUGCUUAGAUGCGGUAAAAGUUGCAGGUUACGGUGGAUAAAUUACCUUCGACCCGACCUAAAACGUGGCAAUUUUACUGAAGAAGAAGAUGAACUCAUCAUUAAACUUCAUAGUUUGCUUGGCAAUAAGUGGUCCCUAAUUGCUGGCAGAUUACCAGGACGAACAGAUAACGAGAUUAAAAAUUACUGGAAUACCCAUAUUAAGCGUAAGCUUAUUAGCCGGGGCCUUGACCCGAUUACCCACCGUCCAUUAAACUCCAACGCCGCCGUUGACAGUGGCGCUGCCGCCGCAACAACCACCGUGCCUGUGAAAAACUCGCCGGAAAUUCUGGGUUUUAACGCGACGAAAAACCCGCCAAUAAUCACGCAAUUCGGAAGGAUUUCUAACACGAUUGACUUCGAGAAAGGUUACCCUUGCCCAGAUUUUGCCGUGAUUGAUUCCAAUUUGGUGAAGAAGAGUGAUUCUUGCAACAGUGGUACCACCACGGAUGACGGGGCAACGGGUCGGGUUUCGGGUUCGGGUCAGGCCCGAUUGGGUCAGGAUGGAAUUGAUCUGGAGUUGACGAUCGGGCUUACACAGUUUCAGGGUGAGGCCCGUUAUUCUACCGCGAGUAGCGCGGAGUCGAAUGCGGCGGGUCCAGGCCCGAGCCCAAGCCCGAUUCCGGGCCCGUUUGAGUUCUUUUAUAAAGGGCAAAAUGGGGAAACAAAAUGUUCGUGUUGUGAAUUAGGGUUUCAAAUCAAUGGUAUAGUUAAAAAUAAUGGAGGAGGUUGUAGUAAUUGUGAGACAAAAAGUGGGUAUUUUUAUUCUAGGUACAUUGGGCCGUUGGGUUCAUAGAAAUUGAAUUGAAUUAAUAGGGUACCCCUUUUUCUUUUUAAUUUUUAGGUUUUGGUAUAAAUGCUUUCACUAACUCCCCCUACCAAAUUGUAUUAAAUUGAGGGGUCCCAAAUCUUUUGAUUUUUAUCUUUUGUCUUAUCACAAUGGGAAUUCAAGAAAAUCUUUUAUUCUCUCA